GCAGUUUGAUUAAUGCCACCACACAAUUAGUUCACACAUCAUAUAUAGCUAGUGAGUAAGAGAGAGAAGAAGAUGGCUAAGGGAAGAGGCAGUGCGAUAGUUGUUGCUAUGGUGAUAAUGGGUAUGCUUAUGCUGCCUCAUGUGGCGGAAGCCGCCACGUAUGUGGUGGGCGGCGCCGGCGGCUGGACCUUCAACGUCGAUGCUUGGCCCAAAGGCAAGCGCUUUAAGGCCGGUGAUACCCUUGUAUUCAACUACAAUUCAGGGAUCCACAAUAUGGUGGCGGUGGACAAGAAGAGUUACGAUAGUUGCAGCGCCCCUUCGAGCGCCAAAGUUUAUCAGAGUGGGAAGGAUCAGAUCAAGCUUAAAAAGGGACAGAGUUUCUUCAUUUGCAGCAUUGCUGGCCACUGCCAAUCUGGAAUGAAAGUUGCUGUCACUGCUUCCUAAUUAUACAAUUAUCCACUACUUGAUGCAAUAAUACUAAAUAACUAUUAAUCGACUUUACUUUUCCUUA